UCUCUCUCUCUCUCUCUCUCUCUCUCUACACCCACAGGCCACAGCGCGCGCGCGCUCUCUCUCUGCACGCCUCCUCUUCUCUCUGUCCGAAGGCACGGUGGAGCGGCAGGAUGCCGGCGUGGUGGAAGGGCAAGGGCAGGAGCAGCAAGUCCAAGGCCGCGGCAGCGGCGGCGGCGGGGGACGCCGGCGCGAUUCCGGCGGCCGCCGCGGCCGGGGAAAUUAAGGGGAAGAAGAAGGCGAGCAGCUUCGACGAGGCGCUCCUCGCCGCGGGGGUCCGCGGGAAGCAGCAGCAGCAGCCGCUGCCGGUGGCGGGGGCGGUUGUCGGGCUCCCGCUCCCGCGGCCGGCGUCCCUGCCGGCGCCGCCGCCGUCCGCGCCGGCAUCGGCCUCGGCCUCCGCGUCGGCGUCGGCUUCCAGCGGCGGCGGCUCCUCGCUGGGGUCCUCGGCGGCGUCCGACGAGCAGCUGGAUCUCGGGGUUUACAGGUUAUCAGAAACAAGCAGCACUCUUCCGGGCAGAGCAGUAGCAAAUGAAUCUCGGAAACAGAGCCAUGUGUUAACAGAAGGGCGUAUUUUCACAAAUAAUCAGGCUUUGGAGCAUCCCCGGUUGUCUGAAACCUCUGUUUCUCCGAGGAAAGAAUUUCACCUUCAAAAUUUGGAUCUUGAUCGAACUACGUACUGCCGUGGUCGGAAAUCAACAGAAAUUGUGUUCAGUACACAAGUGCCAAGCUCUCCCCCUAGCUCAAGAGGGCAUCACUAUUCAACCUCCCCUGUGCCAUCAAGAACAUUUGGGCAAUCCCAAGCAUCUCCUACUGCAUGGCAGGAUGAUUCGCGAAGCUCAAGCUCACCUCAACCUCUUCCUCUUCCUCCAGGCUCCCCAUGCUUGCCUUCCUGUUCUCUACAGUGGAAGAAGGGGAAGUUGCUAGGUAGUGGAACGUUUGGGCAAGUAUAUCUAGGAUUCAACAGUGAAGGUGGCCAAAUGUGUGCAAUUAAAGAGGUUAAGGUCAUUUCUGAUGAUUCUAACUCAAAAGAGUGUCUCAGGCAGCUGAAUCAGGAAAUCGUGCUGCUGAGUCAGCUGUCACAUCCAAACAUUGUGCAGUACUAUGGCAGUGAUCUGUCUAAUGAGACACUCUCAGUCUAUCUCGAGUAUGUUUCUGGGGGCUCUAUCCAUAAGUUGCUUCAAGAAUACGGCCCAUUUGGGGAGGCAGUUCUUCGGAAUUACACAGCACAAAUUCUUUCUGGCCUUGCAUACUUGCAUGGGCGGAAUACAGUGCAUAGGGAUAUCAAAGGGGCAAACAUACUUGUCGAUCCUAAUGGUGAUAUCAAGCUUGCCGAUUUUGGUAUGGCCAAGCAUAUAUCAGCGUACACAUCUAUCAAAUCCUUCAAAGGGAGCCCUUACUGGAUGGCACCAGAGGUUAUUAUGAAUAGUAAUGGCUACAGCCUUUCAGUAGAUAUUUGGAGCCUUGGCUGCACCAUUCUUGAGAUGGCAACAGCCAAACCUCCUUGGAGUCAGUAUGAAGGGGUGGCUGCAAUAUUUAAAAUUGGGAACAGCAAAGACAUACCUGAUAUCCCAGAUCAUCUUUCUUCUGAGGCGAAAAGCUUUCUGAAACUCUGUUUGCAACGUGAUCCUGCUGCCCGCCCUACAGCUGCUCAGCUGAUGGAUCAUCCUUUUGUCAAGGACCAUGCUACACCUAGGAGUUCCAGGUCUGGCAUGACAAGAGAUAUGUUUUCUACUUCAACCGAUGGAAAAAACAGCACGGUGCAAACAAGCAUUGCCAUGUCAUCAUACAGAAGCUUAUCUCCUUUAAGAGACACAAGAAACCUGCCAGCACCAACAUCCCCCAUCCCUUCGACAGCAAAUCGCAGGAUUGCAGCAAUCAACCCAUCCAAUGUGCGGAUGAACAUGUCCCUGCCCGUCUCUCCUUGCUCUAGCCCGCUACGGCAGUACAGGCAGUCCAACCGAAGUUGCUUGCCAUCGCCUCCUCACCCAGCCUAUUCAGCUGGAGCAGCCAACUACAGUCCUAUCAACAAUGCGCUCUAUCCAAUGCGACCAAGCAGCGGUCUCACGGACCCAUGGCUCGAAAUCUCUCCACUGAAUACACAAACUUUUGAUUCUCCAAGAAGAUUGUAGAGGUUCCAAAAAGGAAGCAAUACUUUGUAUACACACAGGAAGGAAAAAAGUGUUCCAUAAAUUAUGUUGUUAUUAGAAGAACAAAGGAACUCCCCCCCUUUUUUGUUUUGCCCUUUCUGUAUCUAUCUUCCACCCAGGAUGCAGUCGCAUCGCCUUUGUACAAAUUCAGAGAAGAGGUCUAGUGAAAAAAGUAGCAAUUCAGAUCGCACCUGUAUAUGUUUUGUCCAUAUGGCUGGAUUUUGCACAAGCUUUGUUACACAGAGGGGGUUCAGGGUAA